ACCCGGGACCGAAUCAUGAUGACGGACCCCUCCUCUGCUGCUGGUCCUGUAGAGCCCGGUCCAGGUCCUGCUUCUGUUCCGGAUCCAGCGUCGACUCCUGCAAACGGACACCAAGCAGUUACUUUGAACAUGGAGCAGCAGAUGAAAAUAGGAGAGCCGGAGGACAACGGUCUUCUGGAGAGCAGUAUGCGUCUGAAACCCCACGAGGCUCAGAGCUACAGAAAAAAGGCAUUAUGGGUAUCGUGGGUCUCCAUUGUGGUGACAAUGAUCUUAGCCAUCGCUGCGUUCACUGUUUCUAUAAUGCGGCAUAGUGCAUCAGCGUUUGGGUUUGCUUUUGAUGCCAUUCUGGAUGUCCUGUCCUCCAUGAUCGUGAUUUGGCGAUACAGUAAUGCGGCGGCCGUCCAUUCAGCUCACAGAGAAUACAUAGCGUGUGCUAUCCUCGGAGUUGUGUUUAUCUUGUCGGCCAUCACUAUCCUGGUGAAAGCCAUCCAUGAUCUCGCCACAAAACUGCAACCAGAAGUGGAUGACUUCCUGUACAGCGUCUCAGUUAUCAGCGGGGUGGUGUGCGCCAUUCUGUCCAUCUGUAAGUUCAUGCUGGGGAAAGUCCUCACCAGCAGGGUUCUCAUCACUGACGGUUUUAACUCUCUAGUUGGCGCCGUCAUGGGAUUCUCCAUCCUGAUCAGCGCCGAGGUGUUCAAACACGAACCUAGCGUUUGGUUCCUGGACGGGACUAUCGGGGUUCUGAUCGGACUGAUCAUUCUCACCUACGGAGUCAAGUUGUUGAAGGACAUGGUGCCCCGUGUCAGGCAGACGAGACAUUACGAGCGCUUCGAGUAGCGAUUCUGAUUCUGGACGACCCAGACACAGACACACUCCUGUGGAGAUUCUCCUGAGAGGAAAACACACAACAUAAUACAUACACACACACACACUUUACCUGCCUCAGGGCAAACACAGCCACUAAUGCCCCCUGGAAAUAUGGAUCUGAAAGGGAAUAACUGAAAAUUAAAUAUAUAAAAUGUGUAUUAUCAUAUCGUUUGAGAUGGCAAAUAGCCAUGAGGCUGAAACAAGACACAUCUCAGAAUGUAUAUCAUCUGAUAUAUAAAACCCAGCUUCAUUGCAUUGAGUUAUAUGUGUGUGUGUGUGUGUGUAUAUAUAUAUAUAUUAGUGUUUAUGGGUAUCUGUAUAAUGGGGGAGAGACCUUUUUAGGUAUGAUUUCUGAAGGUUAUUACAAAUAUACUCAACAUUUUCAAAGGUCCAGAUUAAGAGAGAAGAGGUUUAUCAGGUAAACAUAACACAGAUUGUCAUUUUGGUCUAGUUUUUCUCGUUUAAGUUUCUAUUUAUUUCAGUAGUUAUUUAGUAAAGUUUGGUGCAUCUGUAAAAUGUUCACAUGAAAUAGACUAAAAUUACACAAGAAUUCAUUAGUUGUCUAACAUUCGAUUUCUCAUUAUAGAAAUUCCAAUUAAAAUUCAUGGUGGAAAAGCCAAAAAAAAACCCUAAUAAAAUCAAGUAGAGAUCACUCUGAAAGUGUACAAAUUGAAGUUAUGCCAAAAUAAACAGAAGGGGUGCUGAAACUACAUUUUUGUAGAUAAUAAAAUGACUCCGAGGUGUUUUCUUCACAGAGACCUUGUUAAAACUUUAAUUUGUGUCUUUUUUCCUUGUUAAACGUGCCAUUGAAUCAUCACCAUGAACUUAAAAGUAUAAUAUUAAACAAACAGGGCAUUUUCAUAUCUAAUACUAUUGUAACAUACUCAAAACAUAACACAUGACGAAACUUUCUGUACUUAAAGCCCACUAGUCGAAGUCUACAAACUAAUUGCUAGAAACCGCUUCGUUUGCUAGACCUCAUGUAGUUUCAUCUUUUGCACUCCAUUGAAACGGUAAAAAUCUGUGAAGUUCAUUUGUUAUAGCUUGAUCCAGCCUUGUAUAUAGCUUUUGGUGAAACUUGGACUUGUAUUAAAUGGCACACAAAAGUUACUCACACAGUAACAAAGCCUUAAAACUUGACCCUUCAUGAUGUGAAGUUAUAUGUUCUGAAGUAUUACUUAGACUGUUGUAAUUUUGCCACGAAAUUUGGCUUUUUAAAAUGUCUAUUUGGGAAAAGCGAGUUUCUGAGCAUUUUAUGUAGCAAAUAUAUUAUAGCUCUGUGGAGCAGAUGGACGUAACAGUGACAUUGCAGCCGGUCCAAUCGCGUAUGUGCCACUAUUCAGUGGCAGUUCUUAGUUCGUUUGACGGUGGAAAGCAACGUUUGUGCUUUUGGAGAAGUGUAUGACUUAAGCUGUUUUUUUCAGGUGUGUGGUCGAGUUCUUUAUUGACAUGUUAAAUACUUUGAGCCCUGGUCAGAGGGACUACACAUAAGCACAUGGCCCUGCAAAUGAGACUUUCUUUGUGCAGUUGCUAAAACCACAUGUAGACGUGUGAUUAGGACUUAAAUGAAAAGUUAAGCCAAAAAUAUCUGAGCAGUCACUCACCCGCAGUCCAACCAAGAUAUAUUUAGCAUUACAUCACUUGUUCACCAAUGGAUCCUCUGCAGUGAAUAGGUGCCGUCACCUCACAAUAAUCCACAAGUAAUCCAGCAGUCAAUUUAAGAGUCACUUCUGGCCAAAACCCAUAACAUUUAACUCAUAAACCAUUAAUUAAAAAUAAAUUUAAAAAGUGUCUUUUCCGCCAAAAUAUUUAGUUUAGAACUAUUUUGAACUGUUUUGGUUUGUAAA